GCGUGACGUCAUACUUGAAUGUGCAUUGAAUAUGUUUACAAAAAUAAUUAAUAAUGUAAAUGAAGCUGUUGCUCUAAUAUAGACCCAACAAUUGUGUUGGCUAGUUCUAGUUACAUUUUGUUAGUGUUCAUGUACUCUGCAGUUCAUCCAGAACGAAUUUCGAUAUGGGAUAACAAUACACGUCGUGUACGUUUAAUUUUAAUCCAAUGGAAUUGCCAACAUUUGUGAAAAACAAGAGAGCACGGCCGAGGCGCUUUGAAAAGAUGUUACUGGCAAACAUCGUCGAGGAUAAAGUCCUGGAAAGAAGACUCACAGAUAUCUGUAACAAAUCCAAUCGCCGAAUGAAGGAACUUGAUUUAGAGUGCAAUGAGAUGAAGAACGAGAUGAAAUUAAAUCAGAGAAAUCUCUCAUUAACCAACACUCGUACCUUGGUACCACCAACCAAAACAUUGUCGUGGUCCCCUCAACUUGAAGCUAGAAUUCAGAAAAAUCCCGUGAGCAAAUACCUGCUAACUGAGUACACGCGAACUGCAGAGGUUAUUCCGUCCAUACUGCACUCUCUUUCUGCAAAAGAGGAGGAAGCAAAGCAAGAAGUGAAACCUGGCUUGUCCAGACCAGGGACGCCCGCCACAGAGACUUCUUGUGAGCCGGAUAUUAGGAAAAUUCUCAGACUAGCCAAAAAUGUACGAAAGCUUCACGAGCAUAUGGAGAUUAGAAAGCAGAGGGUUAAUUACGGGGCCAGACUUAACUUUAAAAACAUGCUACGACUGAAUGCAGAGAAGAAAGGCGAGUCCGACAUCUACACUGAUGGCGCGUGCUCUCUCCUACGGAGGAAGAUGUUGAAGAUGAGACGAAACAGUCUACCAUCUCUUCCAGACACGACAUCGAGCUCGAUCAAUGUAUUCAAGCAUAAUAUCUCGUUACCGUUGAUAAACCCACGUCCUCCCAUCGAUCAGUCGGCGUAUGUGUUGUCUAGGGCAAAAUCCCUGCCUCUGUCUCUGCCUCUGCCUCUCAACCAUUCGAGAGGCACUCUGACGACAUAUAGCGGCUCAGAAGGUCGUCUCUCGACGAAGGAAGACCCUGCAUCGGUUAAAAAGCAAAUGUUUGCACAGCGGAAAGUGUCCGAAGAAAUCAAGAACUACGACAAGAUUCUAACGAAAAUAAACUCGUUCCUUGGUGAUGUUCGUCUCAAACGAUUCAGUUCGACAGUUUCACAGAACUCAGUAUCAAAGUGAAGUGUCACUUACAAUGUACAGAUUAACUGAUUAAAUAUGUUUAAUUAAACUUUUGUGUGCAUGCGCGCAUGCGUGUGUGUGUACGUGGCUGCACGUAUACGUGUGUGUGUGUGUGUGUGUGUGCGUUGGGGGGGGGGGGGGGGGGGGGGGCAGGAAUUCUUACAAGUACGUGAACAUAGGCUGGGAGAGGGGGAGGCUGACUGAUUUUCUAGAGGGGUUUGGGGCAUACUCUCCCGGAAAGUUUUGAAACUAAACUUAGAUGUUCAAAAAUGCAUUUUCCUGCAUUCUACAAAUAAAAUUCAUCAUCACAACUGCUGAUAAAUUGGAACACGCUUUACAAUUAGAGUCGUAAAUAUUAUUAAAAAUAAUCGAAUUACUAUGUAGGAAAAUUGUGAAAACUUGAUGUUCUAAGAUGCAAUUUCCUCGAUAUCCUUUCUUCCAAUAAAUUAAUAAUGGCAA